AUGGACUACCCACCACCACCGCCACCCCCGUCGCUCAACGACGCUCCACCUCCGCCGCCGCCUGGUUUCGACGCUCCACCUCCUCCGCCGCCCAGCUCCAACGUACCCCCACCCCCACCCCCACCGGAGGAAGACUCGCUCGGCCCCGCGCUGCUGCCCAAAAAAGCGAAAAAAGGAUGGGCGUCGCAGAAAAAACAGCCGCCGAGCAUCGACGACAUCCUCAAAGCCAAGCGCGAGCAAGAGGCCGCCGCGGCGAAACCAAAGUUCUUGUCCAAGGCGGAGCGCGAGCGUAUUGCGCUUGAGAAGCGGACGAGGGAGGUUGAGGAGGCGAGGAGGAGGAGGGAGGGUGCGAAUGGUGGGAGUGCGAGUGCGGGGAUGAAUGGGAAUGGGAAUGGGAAUGGGCAGACACAGAACGGGGCGCGUAACGGGUCGAUACCUACUGGGCCUAGGUCUAUGCGGUACGAGCCUCCAAGUGCACCGUCGAGGGUGAGUCAGAGAGACGGUCAGAGAGACGGUCAGAGAGACGGUCAGAGAGACGGCCAGAGAGACGGCCAGAGAGGCAGGGACAUGGCGCCUCCGCCUGUGCCAGACAAGAAAUCGGGCAAGCGGCCGCUGCCCGAGGAUGCGGAGGCGGCUAUGAUCAAGAACCGGUACAUGGGCGCCGAACAGAACCUGUCGACCUUCUCCGCCAAGAAGAAGCGCAAGCGGACGACGGAGAAGAAGUUUAACUUUGAGUGGAACGAAGAGGAGGACACGAGCUACGACUACAACCCCAUCUACCAACAAAAGGCCGAGACCAACUUCUUCGGCCGCGGCAAACUCGGCGGCUUCACCGAAGACCAGACGGAGCGCAACACACAGCAGUUCAUCGAGGCCAUGAUCGAGCGCGACCCCGAGUCGGGCCGCGCGCGCGCAGAAGCCAUUCUUGAGAUGGAGAGGCGGCGGAGGGAGGAGGGCGGCCGCGCACAGCUAGACAAGCACUGGAGCGACAAGAAGCUCGAGCACAUGCGCGAGCGCGACUGGCGCAUCUUCAAGGAGGACUUCAACAUUGCCACAAAGGGCGGUGCAAUUCCCAACCCCAUGCGCAAUUGGGAAGAAGCGGGCCUGCCGGACAACCUCAUGCGCAUCGUCGACCAGGCUGGAUACACGGAGCCCUCUGCUAUUCAGCGCGCCGCCAUUCCUAUCGCGCUGCAGUGUCGCGAUCUUAUUGGUGUUGCAGUCACGGGUUCAGGUAAAACUGCAGCCUUCAUCCUUCCUCUACUUGUCUACAUCUCGCAGCUCCCGCCCCUCGGCCCAGCAAAUCGCAAUGACGGCCCGUACGCCCUCGUCCUCGCACCUACCCGCGAACUGGCCCAGCAAAUUGAAGUCGAGGCGAAGAAGUUUGCAAACCCGCUUGGCUUUCGGACAGCCGUCAUAGUUGGUGGUCACUCGAUCGAGGAGCAAGCCUUCCAGAUGCGCGAUGGGUGUGAGAUUAUUAUUGCAACCCCCGGCCGACUGGUGGACUGCAUCGAGCGCCGCGUGCUCGUCCUCAGCCAGUGCGCGUACGUCAUCAUGGACGAAGCGGAUCGCAUGAUCGACAUGGGAUUCGAAGAGCCCGUGAACAAGAUCCUCGACGCGCUGCCCGUGGGCAACGAGAAGCCCGACAACGAAAUGGCAGAAGACCCGGACGCCAUGAAGCGCGGCAUGUAUCGCCAGACGAUGAUGUACACAGCCACGAUGCCCACGGCCGUCGAGCGCAUCGCCCGCAAGUACCUCCGCCGGCCAGCCAUCGUAACCAUCGGCAACGCUGGCGAAGCCGUCGAAACCGUAGAACAACGCGUCGAAUUCAUCCAAGGCGAAGAAAAGCGCAAGAAGCGCCUCUCGGAAAUCCUCAACAGCGGCGAAUUCGCAGCCCCCAUCAUCGUCUUCGUCAACAUCAAGCGCAACUGCGACGCCAUCGCGCGCGAUAUCAAACACAUGGGCUUCUCUGCCGUCACUCUCCACGGCUCCAAAACACAGGAACAGCGCGAAGCCGCCCUGCAAUCCCUCCGCGAAGGCCGCACCGACGUUCUCGUCGCCACCGAUCUGGCAGGCCGCGGUAUCGACGUCCCCGACGUCUCGCUCGUCGUCAACUUCAACAUGGCCGGCUCUAUCGAAUCAUACACGCAUCGUAUUGGUCGUACGGGUCGUGCGGGUAAGAGCGGUGUCGCGGUUACCUUCUGGGGCAGCGAGGAUGCGGAUGUGCUGUACGAUCUCAAGCAGAUGCUUAGUAAGAGCCAGAUCAGCAAGGUCCCGGAGGAUCUGAGGAAACAUGAGGCUGCGCAGCAGAAGGGCGGGCGGAAGAAGGAGGGGAAGAGCGUGUUAACGUAG